AUGCUACCAAGUACCUACAAUGUGCCAUCUGCUAUUUCAAACUGCUACCCCCAGGAGGUCACUCCGAUUGAGAAUCGGGAGUCGAUGCCAGAGUUGACCAGUGAUAAACCCCCAACAUCUCUUUUUACACCGAAGAUCCACCCCAAUGCUCAGGCAAUCUCCGCGAGAGUCGAUGCAUAUUUCCUGCAACGGUGGCACUUCCGUAGUGACGCUGAGCGUGCCAAGUUCCGCGCCGCGGGCUUUUCAUGUUUAACAUGCUUAUACUUUCCGAUGGCGUUGAACGACCGGAUUGAGUUUGCAUGUCGACUGUUAACACUUCUCUUUCUGAUUGAUGACAUUCUAGAAGAGACCUCGCUCGAAGAGGGCUCUGCAUAUAACGCACGACUAAUCGCCAUAUCUAAAGGCGAGCGUCUCCCUGACCGGACAGUCCCUGUUCAAGCUAUCACAUAUGAUUUAUGGCACGAGAUACGAGAAUGCGACAAAAUCCUAGCAGAAGAUCUGCUCCACUCAGUUAUUAUCUUUAUGCGCGCCCAGACGGACAAGACGCGUCUCGGUAUCAGUGAGCUAGGGAAGUAUCUGAACUAUAGGGAACGAGAUGUCGGACAAGGUCUACUCUCCGCGCUUCUUCGCUUCACAAUGAAACUUUAUCUGACUGAUGAUGAGCUGCAUCGCGCGGGCCCCGUCGAGCGAAACUCUGCCAAGCACAUUGCCAUUGUCAAUGACAUCUACAGCUGGCAUAAGGAACAGCUCGCAUCACAAACCCUGCACCAGGAAGGCGCCGCUCUCUGCUCGGCAGUGCAGGUCGUAGCCAACGAGACGGCGCUCGGAUUUCCUGCGGCGCAGCGGGUCCUGUGGACAAUGUGUCGGGAAUGGGAGUCAGUGCAUCAGCAGCUCGUACAAGACGUUAUUUCGGAGGGAAGCGACAGCCUGCAGAUAUAUGUGCGCGGGAUCGAAUAUCAAAUGAGUGGGAAUGAGCGCUGGAGCGAAUCCACGCCACGGUAUCAUCUUUCGUAG